AAAACGUCACGCAAUAUUUGCAAUCAAAUUCAUCAAGAUGUCUCUUCGGCGGGCUUUACAUUUUGUCUUUAAAAUUGCCAACAGAAACGAAACGAUGAAAUUCUAUCGCGAAAUUCUGGGCAUGAAGGUUUUGAGGCAUGAAGAAUUUGAAGAAGGAUGUAAAGCUUCAUGUAAUGGACCCUAUGAUGGCAAGUGGAGUAAAACAAUGGCAGGAUUUGGACCAGAGGAUGAUCAUUUUGUUGUGGAACUGACAUACAACUAUGGAAUUAAAACAUAUCAGCUAGGAAAUGAUUUUCAGGGAAUAACUGUGCACUCAAAGACUGCUGUGUCAAAUGCAAAGCAACACAGCUACCCUGUCACGGAAGAAAGAGAAGGUUGUCUCACUGUCAAAGCACCUGGGGGUUACAAGUUUACUCUGGUAGACCAGGAUGUUAUUGGUGAUCCAGUAAAAAAAGUUUCCCUUGGAGUUUCAGACCUUGCCAAAUCUUUACUAUACUGGCAAAAUUUAUUGGGGAUGACACUGUAUGAAAAGACAGAGACAACAGCAUUGUUAGGCUAUGAUUCAGACAAGUGUAAGCUUGAACUUAUUCACCUUGGACACCCAGUUGAUCAUGCAACCGCAUUUGGACGCAUUGCUUUCUCAUGUCCAAGCAAACAGUUGCCAGAGAUUGAAUCUUUGGUGAAAAAUGAAGGUCAUACAAUACUUACACCACUUGUCAGUUUGGACACGCCAGGAAAGGCCACAGUGGAAGUGGUUAUCUUAGCUGAUCCGGAUCGACAUGAAAUUUGUUUUGUUGGCGAUGAAGCAUUUAGAGAGUUGUCAACAGUGGAUCCAAAAGGAGACGAACUUCUUGAUACAGCGAUGGCAGAAGAUAAGAGUGAUGAGUGGUUUGCCGAAGUUGCCUCAGGAAAGAGAUGGACACCGAAAAAGAAAAAGUAAAAAAUAAAAAUUCUGCACGGAAUGAUUUUAGAACGUGUUCGGACUUUAGAACUGUGUUUAGUUAGAUAGCGCUAAAAGAAUAAAAUCCUUACAGAUAGUUAAUACAAUCAUUUUCCAUAGUUUAGUAAUUUAGAUUGAUUCAAGAAGAAGGUUCUUGUAACAAUGUUCCCUUUCUUUGCUACGUGCUACGUAAUGAAGAAACUUAUAUUUUACUUUGUAAAUGUCGAGCCCGUAUAGCGACGUUCUCUGUUGGUCAGGUUUGUUGCCAAAAUUUUUCAUGGGCCUUUCUCUGGAUUACCAUCGCAGGUUCAACCGUUUAAAUUUUAUUGGUUAUUUAUUCCUUUAUUAAAAACGUACAUAAUCUAAAAACACGUACGUAAAUUUAUUUCCAUGCAUCUUGUGUUAAGAAAUAAAAGUCAAAUCAGUGG